UAGCUACGGUGUGUGUUUGUUUAGAAAAAUAUCUGAGAGAUAGAGAGAGGUGCUUAUUAUAUAUAAAAACAUGCAGCGUUUUAAAACAUUGACGCAAUUAAAAAACACAUUACUGUUGCCCACAUUUCGCACAUAUAGUAAGUCAUCGAAGUUACCAGAGUUAACACAGGUACGACACAAAAUCCAACGUGGCAAUUAUGCCGAAUUGAAUGGUAAAGAUGUGUCCUUCUUUGAAUCGUUAAUUGGCACCACAAAUGUUUUGAAAGACGGCGAAGAUGACUUACAAGGUUAUAAUGUAGAUUUUUUGCGAAGUGUGCGUGGUAGCAGUAAACUGGUACUUAAACCCGGCUCAACGCAAGAAAUUUCUGAAAUUUUAAAAUACUGUAACGAUAAACGUUUGGCCGUCUGUCCUCAGGGUGGUAAUACUGGUUUAGUGGGUGGUUCGGUGCCAGUAUGUGAUGAAAUUGUCCUUUCAUUGGCACGUCUAAAUAAAAUUAUUAGUAUUGAUGAUAUAACGGGCAUUACAGCCUGUGAAUCUGGCUGUAUUUUGGAAAAUUUAGAUGCUAAAACUAGGGAGGCUGGUCUAGUGGUGCCAAUUGAUUUAGGCGCCAAAUCAAGUUGUCAUAUUGGUGGUAAUAUAUCAACAAAUGCUGGUGGUUUGCGUGUCAUCCGUUAUGGUAAUUUACAUGGUUCUGUUUUAGGAGUAGAAGCGGUUUUGGCUGAUGGCAAAGUAUUAGAUCUAAUGUCGGACUUUAAAAAAGAUAACACUGGUUAUCAUCUGAAACAUUUGUUUAUUGGCUCCGAGGGUACUUUAGGUGUAGUUACCAAAUUGGCUAUUCUAUGUCCGCCAGUUUCUGAUUCGGUAAAUUUGUCUUUCUUGGCUCUUAACUCAUUCGACAGUGUUUUGCAGACAUUCAAAAAUGCCAAACGUCAUUUGGGAGAAAUUUUAUCAUCCUGUGAAAUGAUUGAUGCAAAGUCACUAGCAGCUAGUUGUGAGAAUUUCAACUUAAAAGCUCCUAUUGAAGGUUUCCCAUUUUAUAUGAUGAUUGAAACCUCUGGCAGCAAUGCUGAUCAUGACAUGGAAAAAGUAAAUAACUUUCUGCAAUAUAUAAUGGAAAAAGGCGAUGUGAUUGAUGGUACCUGCACUAAUGAACCUAGUAAAAUGCUUGAAUUAUGGAAAAUUCGUGAAUCCAUUUCCACUGCUUUAACCAGGGAUGGUUAUUGCUUUAAAUACGAUGUAUCUCUCCCAUUACGUUCCUUUUACGAGAUUGUCAAUGUUCUUGACAAACGUGUGGGUCAUAUGGCGAAACGUGUUUGCGGCUAUGGUCAUCUGGGUGAUUCAAAUUUGCACCUGAAUGUUUCCUGUGAGGAUUAUUCACCUGAACUGUACAAAAUGCUCGAACCAUUCGUUUAUGAAUACACGGCCCAGUUAAAAGGCAGUAUAAGUGCCGAACAUGGUAUUGGUUUCCUUAAGAGAAAUUACCUCAAAUAUUCUAAAAACCCCGAUGCCAUACAAAUGAUGAAGAAAAUGAAACAAGUUUUAGAUCCAAAUUGUAUAUUGAAUCCAUAUAAAGUUUUAGGUGAAUUAAAUUAAAUAUAAUAUUAACGAUAAUUUUGUUUGUACAUACAUGUAUUUAACUUUUUCAUAAUUGAAUGUGAUUUUGCAAUAAAACUAAAUAAUUAAAUGAUAGUUUUUAAUGAAAAAGAUCUA